GAAGCAGUAAUGGAAGGGGUUGGGAUGCAGGGUAUGGAAGAAGCCAUGGCAGCAAGAAAGGAGCCGGCAACAUUCAUCGACUACAUUGAGGAGUAUGGCUUCCUUGUCUUCAUGCUCGCUGUGUUGCUAUAUUUCAUUGUGCGCAAGCUGAAAGAAAGUUACGGUACCAUGAAGUUGGAGGCAAAGCUCAAAUCCAGAGACGACUCCAUGAGGAAGAUAAGAGAACUGCAACAGGCAAGAUAUGAAAUAGAAACUGCCGAAAAACGAAAACACCUUGCUGAAAUUGAGGAAGAGAGAAGAAAACAACAGUUGGAGGAGAUGGAAGCAGCAAGCCAAGGUAGAUCUGCAAAGAAGCCGGAGACAAAGAAGCCCAAGGACACGAGGGACUAUUGGGACAACGCAAGUGGGUUUAGUCAUAUGAACAAUGGGGGGGGAGGCAGAGGAUAUAAACCAUCAUGCCGCCGGCGAGGUGGAUGAGGUUAAUUGGCCGUGGUCGGGAUUUGGUGGGCCACGGCAUAUUUCUUCGCAUGCUUUCAGAUACAUGGAGGGCAAUACCCGCGCAUUGACAGACUUUCUUCAAACGGGACGACUGAGGGAAAGCCUUGAGCGCAAAACUCUGCAAAGCUGCAAAGGAUGAAGGUGGGGUGCAUAACAUCGUCUGUGGUACUACACUUGGUGUGAGAGAAGUGAGAUGGUGGAACGCGACCCUUGUCAUGAUUAGAAUCUCUGAAUAAAACUUAAUCAGCACAG